UUUUUUUUUCAAACAUAUGUGGAAACUUUGUUAGCCAUUCUAAAACUGGAAAUUGUGUUCAGUGGCAAAGCAGGGGAUAAUUGUUGUGUUCGUGGAAAACUGCCAAGAAACCUAAUGAACUUUCAAGCAUCAAAGAAUGCAUUUUCACAAUUCACAUCACAUGUUGUCUAUCUUAACCUCCCAUUCUUGAAUUCAUGCACAUGUAUGAACUCCCAAGAUUUAGGUGCCUCUCCCUCUUACGCUUAAAGCCAAAAACCAAACACCAACCCAACAAAAUUCUUGCCCAAUUAAUCAUCCAUGACCUCAAAUCACCUACCCUUUUGGCCAAGCUAAUAGAGCAAUAUUGUUCUUUAUCAAGCACACGCCGAGCUCAGUUGAUAUUCUCACACUUUCACUACCCAAACCUGUUUCUCUUUAAUACUUUAAUUAGAUGUACCCAACCUCAAGAGUCGAUACAUAUUUUUGCUAAUUGGGUUUCCAAGCAUGACUUAGUUUUCGAUGAUUUUACGUGCCUUUAUGUUCUUGGUUCUUGCGCUAGAUCUCCUUCAUCGUCAACAUUAUGGCUGGGGAGACAAAUACAUGCGCAAGCCCUUAAAUUUGGAUUUAUGUCAAAUAUAUUGCUGGCAACUACAUUUAUACAUUUCUAUGCAAAUAACCGGGAUAUUUGUUCAGCGAGAAAAGUGUUUGAUGAAAUGACUAAGAGAAGUUUGGUUACGUGGAAUGCAAUGAUAACCGGGUACAGUUCACAGAAAGAGAAGGCCAAAGAAUGUGCCCGUGAUGCGCUACUGUUGUUUAGAGACAUGGUGGUUGAUCUUUGUGGAGAGAAACCAAAUGAUACUACCAUGGUUUGUGUUCUUUCGUCAAGUUCUCAAGUGGGGGUGCUUGAAAGUGGCGUUUGUAUUCAUGGUUAUAUAGAGAAGACGAUUUGUAAGCCUGAAAAUGAUGUUUAUAUUGGCACUGGUUUAGUUGAUAUGUACUCAAAAUGUGGGUGUCUUGAUAGCGCUUUAAACAUCUUUUCUGAAAUGAAGGUAAAGAAUGUGUUGACUUGGACAGCAAUGGCCACUUGCUUAGCCAUUCACGGGAAAGGGAAAGAAGCAUUGGAGCUCUUGGAUGCCAUGGCCGUAGGUGGUGUUAAACCUAAUGCGGUGACUUUCACUAGCUUAUUUUCAGCUUGUUGUCAUGCAUGCCUUGUUGAGGAGGGGCUUCAUUUGUUUCACAAUAUGGAGAGCAAAUUCGGGCUUGAACCUCAAAUACAGCACUAUGGUUGCGUUGUUGAUCUUCUCGGCAGAGCAGGGCACUUAAAAGAAGCAUACGAGUUCAUAGCAGGAAUGCCAGUUGAGCCUGAUGUCAUAUUGUGGAGGAGUCUGUUGAGUGCCUGUAAAAUUCAUGGGGAUGUUGUGUUGGGUGAGAAAGUGGCAAAGAUGCUCCUCCACUCGCAGCAAGUAAAGAAUUCUGUGGUUUCGUAUUAUACUGGUGAGGACUAUGUAGCGUUGUCAAAUGUUUUUGCUUCAGCAGAAAGGUGGGAAGAGGUGGAGAUGGUGAGAAAGGAAAUGAAAGUUAAGAAGAUAGAAACAAAGCCUGGCGCUAGUUUAGUUCAAGCCAUUAACCAUCACCUUUUGGAAGUUUAAGUGUAGAAUGGAGUAUCAAUUGGGCGGGUGAUGCUAGGGAUAGAAAUUCAAGAUGUGAACAGUAGAAAAUAACUGGAUGGGAAAAUCAUAAAUGCAGAGACCGAUGGAGAUGGAAAUAGAUGGGCAUAAAGACAGUAUGAUCAGAAAGAGUUAUUGCAAGGUUCUAACAAUGUAAUACAGGAAAGAAAGAUCCCACUUGCUAUUCCCUCGAAAUUGUCUGUGUAACAAAAGGAGUGAAUUCAUGCAUUGGUUUUAGGUAAAUACAAGAUUGAAAACGUAGCACCUACUAGUUGACCUCUUGUAAGGACAAUCCAUGUAAAAUUCAUCAGAUAUAAAAGAUGCUGGUGCUCAAUGAUCAGCAAUUCUCCUGU